AAUAAGAGCCAGCAAAGCUGUGAGGUUUGCCACACUGCCUUCAUCCAGCUGAGGAGUAAGAGCAGAGACAGCCAGAGGAGUCAAGUAUCCUCCGAGGGUAAGGCUGCAUAUUGCAGUCCUGCUGUUCAGGUGCCUUUUGCUGCUGUCCCUCACUCAGAUCAUCUGGUUAAUACCCUAGCAAGCAACAAGGAUGGAUGUCUUUAAGAAAGGUUUCUCCAUUGCUAAAGAAGGUGUGGUGGCUGCUGCAGAAAAGACCAAGCAGGGAGUGACGGAGGCUGCAGAGAAGACUAAAGAAGGAGUGAUGUAUGUAGGUACCAAAACCAAGGAAGGCGUCGUGCAAAGUGUGACCUCAGUUGCUGAGAAGACCAAAGAGCAGGCCAACGUGGUGGGAGAAGCUGUAGUAGCCAGUGUGAAUACAGUGGCAAACAAGACUGUGGAAGGAGCAGAGAACAUCGUGGCCACUACAGGAGUUGUAAAAAAGGAGGACCUGGCAGCGCCGCAGCCACCCGAGGAGCCGGAGGCGGAGGGAGAGGGGGCCCCGGCAGCCAGCACGGGCGGGGAGGGUGAAAAUGAAGGCAAUUAAUCAACCUAGAGACUUGUAGCUCAAAAUUAAGCAUUCCAAGAGCAAACAUGGAAAUACUAGCUGGCACUACAACAGGAAAAUCCCGCUCUUCACAGACUAACUGCAUUCAGCUCUGUAGUCUCACCUCCCUCAUAAACCAGUGGUACAAUAUAUGUAAGCCAGACUCCUCUGAUUGUAAGUGAAGUGCAGCCAUGUCCCGGGGUGUGUGUCCCUCCCCACCUCCCUCGCGGCUUCCCGACCCACUCGCUUUGCGUCUUCUGGUCGGACUCACUGAUCCCUGUCUCGCCUCCAUCUGCACUGGUACUUGGGAUCUCUAGGUAUUCGUGGAAAUGAUUUUUUUUUUUUUUUUAACUAAUAAAACAAUGUUUGAACAAG